CCUAAAACACUAGUAUUUAAUUUUACUGUGUUUAUAUAGUAUGUAGGUCAGAAGUGCCGAUAAUUUUCACCGUAAUACGAUCUUCGAAGGUGCUUAAAAUGCAGCAGAGUGAAGUACUGGUGUAAAAAUUGUUAUAUAAUGCAAGCUUCCCCUAUAAAGCGGAGACCACCUGUGGUUGUGGUUAGCUUUUAUUUACAGCAAAAUACGGUGGAAAACGUGUAUAUUUCCUGCAACCUUCAUGUACUCCGCUUCAGAAUGAUAGAUGGUAGAACAAGUAUCAGCCUCGCAGACGGGAUUCUUCGUGCUGCGAAAUACAUCCCUGUGUCUCAAAGCUUUGUAGGCUGAAUAUAUCAAGUGUUCAGGCAGAAUUGGUUGCGGUGCCAGUAGCGGAAGCUUGUGUGAAGUACUGACCAGGAGGAAGGUUUGGCGGGAGAUGCUGUAGUACUUGCCAGCCACGGGGCAGGUGGGCCUCGUUGCGUGUGCCAUCAUGAUCCGCAGCGAACGCUCACAGCUGCUGCUGCUGACUGGCCAGUCACAGCUGUAGUUGGACAUCCACACGGUGCUCUCUCAGAAAAACCUACUGCGUUCACAUCUGUUGUCUGCGGUUUACAAUUAAGCAGGCCUGACCUUGGGAUGCAGCCAAUAGAAUCACUGCCUCAUAGUAACAGGGAGGCAAAUAGCAGCAAACAAGAUGUGAAGGAACCACCACCUCGGGAGGAGGUUCGCAUUGAACCUGUAAAUGGCGUCGUCCAGCCUCCCGUUCAUCCACCACCAGAUCGGCCGGGCCGUGUCACAAACCAGCUGCAGUUCAUGCUGAAAGCAGUAUUGAAGGCAGUAUGGAAGCAUCAGUUUGCAUGGCCUUUCCACCAACCAGUGGAUGCGAAGAAGCUGAAUCUUCCAGACUAUCACAAAAUCAUCAAACAACCAAUGGAUUUAGGAACAAUCAAGAAGCGUCUCGAGAACAAUUACUAUUGGAGUGGGAAAGAGUGCAUCCAAGAUUUCAAUACUAUGUUUACAAACUGUUAUGUUUAUAACAAACCUGGUGAAGAUGUAGUUCUCAUGGCACAGACAUUGGAGAAGCUCUUCUUAACAAAAGUGGCUGCAUUGCCAAAAGAGGAAGUUGAACUGGACCCUCCACCACCUAAAGGAGUCAAAGGGAAGAAAGGCCGAACAGCCGGUGCAACAGGCCAGCGUGGAAGACCAUCUAGCAGUGCAGCUAGUGCUACUGUAAGUUCCAGUAUAUCAAGUUCAGCUGCCACAAGCCAGGCGGCUGCAUCUUCAGCACCACCAGCAGCUAGUUCCACCGGUUCAGCACACCUUCCCCUAGUGACAAGAGCACCCUCAACAGUGCCUGGCAGCACAGCGACAACCACUGUUCCUAUAACAAGCGGAUUGUCCCAUGGUACACACAAUUCACUUCCAAAGCAAGUGGCAGCACCCACCAGUGGUUACAUUGCACAACCUGCUGUGAUGUCUCAGAUGGACAGCCAACCACAAACUGCUGCAUCUAUACAGAGCCAACCUGCUGCAGUUGUUCCACCAACACCACCUGCCAAGGUGAAGAAAGGAGUGAAGAGAAAGGCCGAUACGACAACACCCAGUGCGAGUUCUUACGAUCCCAUAUAUCAGCCGGCUGAACCGAAAGCAACAAAGAUGGCAUCGCGGAGAGAAUCGGGACGGCCGAUCAAGAAGGUAGUGAAGGAUUUGCCACUCUCGCAAGCACCACGGCAGGAUGAUGUUCUUCCUUUCCAUCAGGCAACUGUUCCACAUGCUGCUUCAGGUGUAAGUUCAAUAGUGAAGACUAAGGACAAAUUGAGUGACUCUCUAAAAGCGUGCAAUGAGAUAUUGAAAGAACUUUUUACAAAAAAGCAUUCUGGUUAUGCUUGGCCAUUUUACAAACCAGUUGAUGCUGAAUUGCUUGGUUUGCAUGAUUACCAUGACAUCAUUAAGAAACCAAUGGAUUUAGGCACAGUAAAGCAGAAAAUGGACAAUAGGGAGUAUAGGACAGCAGCUGAAUUUGCUGCUGAUGUUAGGUUAAUAUUUACAAAUUGUUAUAAGUACAACCCACCAGAUCACGAUGUAGUUACAAUGGCAAAGAAAUUACAAGAUGUGUUUGAAUCAAGGUAUGCGAAAGUUCCACCAGAUCCUGUUGGUGGUACAAAAAUGGAAACUGCUUCAUCACAGUCAUCUGAUUCAGAAUCUAGUUCAGAGUCAUCUUCAGAAUCAUCUGAUUCAGAAGCUGAAAGAGUUCGAAAAUUGGCACUUUUACAAGAGCAAUUAAAGGCAAUGCAAGAUCAGAUGCGAAAGUUGGUUGAAGAAAGCUCAAUGAAAAGAAAUAAGAAGAAGAAAGAUGAAAAAGAGAAGAAGAAAAAGAAGCCAGAUAAGCAUGCACCAGUUGCCAAAGAAACCAGACCUUUACCUGUUACAGAACCUGUAGUACCUAGUAUCCCAAGCGCUCCUUUAGGAACAGCUGAUGUGAAACCACCGCCUGAGCUACACCACACUGCCCCUAAACCAGCCGUGCCGCUUACUCCAGCACCUGCACCAGUUGUUCCAGCCCCAGCGCCUGCCAAAGCUACUAAAGGAAGAGCAGUACGUGGAGCGGGAAAGGCACCUGCAGCCAGUGCUCCUUCUCGACGGCCUAAGGCAAAUUCUAGGUCAGCUAGGGGCAAGAAAAAGGCUUCAGCUGCACCUGCCCCCUUAGCAUUUGAGUCAGAGGAUGAGGACAGUGCAAAGCCAAUGUCUUAUGAUGAGAAGCGCCAGUUGAGUCUUGACAUAAAUAAAUUGCCUGGAGACAAGCUGGGACGUGUUGUGCAUAUUAUACAGUCUCGUGAACCGUCAUUACGUGAUUCAAAUCCUGAUGAAAUUGAAAUUGACUUUGAAACAUUGAAACCAUCCACACUUAGAGAGCUCGAAGCAUAUGUUGCAUCUUGUUUGAGAAAAAAGCCUCACAAAAAAGUUGCUGGAAAGUCAAAAGAUGAACAGAUGGCAGAAAAGCAGCAGGAGUUGGAAAAGAGGCUUCAGCAUGUAUCUGGGCAGUUAGGUUCAGCUAAAAAAAAUGCCAAGAAGGAUGAACACAAAUCUUUGGAUGUAGGAGGACCAACAUCAAAUCUUUCACAGUCAAGUUCGAGUAGUUCCGAUUCUGAUUCAAGUACAUCUAGCCUUUCUAGUAGCUCUUCUGACUCAAGUGACUCAGAGGGUGGUUUUCCUGGGUAUUUGAGGGGAGGGAAGCAUAAGAAAACAAAAAAGGAAGGUCAUCAGAAUCUGCAGAAACCUGCGUCUGAAGCACCUGCUGCACCAGAAAGUUCGGUGAUGCCACCAGUUACUAAUUUGAGUAUGUCAACCACAGGACAGACAAUUCCUCAGAAUUUGGCUCGGAAACCACCUACGCCUGUUAAUAAUGCCACCACUAGUAAUCAGCAGGCAGCACCUGUCACAGACCCUUUAGCAACAGUGGAUAAGCAACAACCAUCUAAUAUUUUGCCUCAUUUAGUUCGGCCUCCAAUGAUAUCCCCCACAUCGGCAAAAAAAGUGAACCCAGGUUUCUCCAACACAGCCAAGCCCAACAUUCCCAUUUCUGAUGCUGCUUCUGCUGUUCCAGUUGCAGAAGAGCCCCUUUCCUCAAUUAUGACAUCACCUAUUGUACCAGUGUCAGACACCUCGUUACCUAUUCCUGUCACCUCCGACUAUGACAAAACAGCUGUGUCACAACCUGUGUCAGUACCACUGAUGAAUACUUCACCAACUAACCCCCUUUCUCAGUUUUCCCAGAACAUAACACAAACCUCAAAUAUCACUCACACAUCACAGACUGGUAUUUAUCCUUCAUUUGAUAUGAAUAUGACCAUGUCUUCACCUAAUAUAAAUUCACAGCAGCAUUCCACCAAUGGCUACCCUCACAUUGCCAAUAUGUCAGCUAUGCCAUCUGUUAAAAUGGAACCCCAGACCUCACCUUUGGUAAAUUUUAAUCAUUCAAACAGCCUUAAUAUGCAAACUGCCAUGCCAUCAAUAUUUGAUCCCCUCCCUGUUACAAAUAUGCCUCCAGCUGCACCAGACCACCUCCCAAAAAAGGAAGAUAAACCAAAUGCUUCAUCUCUACCUCAGUCUCAUGUCAACAAACCCAUGAACGACAGUUUGAUGAAUCACAUUGUGAAAGCAGAAAAGAAAAUAUCCCCAGAACCUACAAAAUCUCCUGUAUCUAACUUUGCUUCUGCUUUUAAGACUACAAGUUUGAAAAAUUCAAGUUCAUGGUCGUCUCUUGCCCAAGCUUCAUCACCACAAAACAUUGCUGCGCCUAAAUCAUCAUCCAUAAAAACUACAGUGAAGGAAAGUUUCCAGGCCUUCAAGAAACAAGCAAAAGAAAAGAAAGAUAGGGAACAAGCUUUCAAAGAACAAGAAGAACUUCGUCGCCAUAAAAAGGAACAAGCCGAGAAAGAGAGGAUGAGGCAAGAAAAUGAGAAAAGGAAAGAACAUGAUGACGAUUCACUAGAGAAGUCAAGAAAAACCAGUGAUAACCAAGUUUCUCGACAAGAAGAGAUGAAACCUAUUGAUGACACUGAGGGUGCAAAUCACCAGUCUGUGGACAAAGCGGCUGCUGAAAGGGAGAGACAAAGAUUAAGGGAACAGGAACGGCGCCGCCGAGAAGCAAUGGCUAGGCAGAUUGACAUGAACAUGCAAAGUGAGCUAAUGGCUGCAUUUGAGGAGUCAUUAUAAUGACAUGAAUUUAUUAUUAUUACUCUAUGUAAUUAUUGGAAAUUUGUCAAGGACAGUUCCAUGUUUCUACAAGUAAUUGACAAAUAAGAAAUCCUUGCAGGUUUUAAAUAAAAUUUCUAAAUUAACUGAACAAGAAGAUAUUAUUAAAAUGAAUAUGUUUUAUAGCUCUGUUCAUUUGUAUAAGUGAUAUAAAGUGAACUUAUGUGUGUGAUCAUGUAGAUACUAUUAUUUAAGAGUGUCGUAUACUUAAUAUUGAUGUUAUGUGGUUAGACCGUCAAAAAUAUCUUCAGAGUUUGUAAAUAAGGUGGUAACAUGAUUAUGGUUAUGAUAAUUUAUUGAUUGGCGUUUCCCCAGUCUUAUGUGUGAAAUAUGUAUAUUGUUAUUUUCUUAUUUCCCCACCAGAUCAUUAAUUUUUAAAAAUCAUUGAUAGUAAUAAACUGCUUUGAUUUAUUGUUACUUGCCUAAGUCACAACAUUUAUUCUGCUGACAUGGUUGAAUUUGAUCGUGCUUGGGAAAGAAGUAAAAAAAUAUAUAUAUAUAUACAAACGAAAAAAAAGAAGAAACUAAGGACAGCUGCACUUCUUCAGCUGUAUGAAACUUUUAAAAACUGUGCAUUCUCCAGUAAACUUGCAGAAAUGAUGACAAAAUAUUAAUUUAUUUUGAAUUGCUGGUACGAAAUUGCGUAUAUAAAUUCUUUCGCAUAACUUUUAGAGUUGUGAGUAGUGUCUUACCUGUAAUAACUUAUUUACUUCUUAACACUUGCUUACUCUAUUAUUUAAGGGCAGUGUAAUUGCCUCAAGGUAAUUCUUACAUUUCUUCAGAGAUGACUAUUUUUUAAACUUUCAGCUGAUGUAAGAUGUUUGUUUUUUGACUGGUGUAACAUGUAAGCAACUACAUGUGGUCAUGUGAUUGGCCAUAGUUGGACAUCCUUUCUUGCAACUCCUUUGUAAAUACUUGAGAUUAACUUGUAUGAAUGUUGAGUAAAGUGUCUAUUGUAUAAUUAUUUCCAUUGAUAGAAAUUAGAAGGUGAUUUAUUUUGCAUUUCUUCCUUGAUUUGCAUACUGUUUUUUGUAUAUAAGGGCUAUGUAGUAGACUAUUAUUGUACAUCAUUCAUUUCAGAGAGUUUGAGUAUUCGAGGAAAACACAAAUAUUUUAUAGUUGCCAGUUUUACAUCUAAGAAGGUUAUCUUCUUUGAAUCUUGCACAACAGACUAUUUUAAAUUUUUAAUUUACGUGCAUGCUCUACUAUUUGAUUUGCCGCCAUGUAUGAAGCAAUAUUUCAUCCAGAAGGACAGAAUAAACUGUAAGAUGUGUAUCAUUUAUAUAUUCUCAGUAUGUUUGUCAUGCUAUUUGUAAAAUAAAAACUACACUUAUUAA